ACUGAACUGAAUACCGAAACUGAAACUGUUUUUCUCUUCCUGGCAAUCGAGCAAACCUGAAAGCUACUCUCUGAGCUUCAGAGGGAAAAAAUGACUAUAGAUAUCUGGACUUGGGAGCAGACAUUUCAAGAACUAAUCCAAGAGGCAAAACCCUGGGCCACAUGGACGCUGAAGCUGGAUGGGAACCUUCAGCUAGACUGCCCAGCACAAGGGUGGAAGCAAUACCAACAGAGAGCAUUUGGCUGGUUCCGGUGUUCCUCCUGCCAGCGGAGUUGGGCUUCUGCCCAAGUGAAGAUUCUGUGCCACACAUGUUGGAACCACUGGACAUCACAGGGCCAGGUGCAUGUGAGGGUCUUUGGCCAAAGGUGCCAGAAGUGCACCUGGUCCCAAUAUGAGAUUCCGGAGUUCUCCUCGGAUAGCACCACGAGGAUUCUGAGCAACCUGGUGCAGCAUAUAUUGGAGAAAUACUACAGAAAUGGCAUGAGGAAGUCUUCAGAAAUGCCAGUAAUCCCGGAAGUGCCCCUGGAUGGGUCCCAUGACACAGCCAAUUGUGAGGCAUGUACUCUGGGCGUCUGUGGUCAGGGCUUAAAAAGCUACAUGACAAAGCCAUCCAAAUCCCCGCUCUGCCACGUAAAUAUUCGGAGUUCCUCACCUGGAGUUGGUGUGUAUAUCCCAAACCAAGCCAAGAACCCGUUAGCUGGGGCAAAGGAGGCUAAGGGGAGUCAGUAUGAGAAAUCAGGGCCCAGUGAUGGCUCAGAUCCAUCGGUCAUCUUUGUCAUUAUUCUGCUGUUUGUCUUUAUUGUAGUCAAAUGCUUUACAUCAGAAUGAUGGAAAUAGGCUUGCCACUUCUCUGGUUUUAAUUCCAUGGAAACCAAUGAACUGGCUGCCAUUUCAAUAUGACUGAGAAUUCACUGUGAGACUAAGCAGGAUCAAGUUUGUAGAUAAACACUGGUUUCCUAGAUAUUCUCUGAAAAUCGUGUAAAACAUGACCAAGUACAUGAUGGAUUUAGUAAUAAAUAUUAUUGGAUUUCUAAAAAGUCUUCAUUUAUUCACUAAGUCAUUCAGUGAUAUCAAUAUACAUAGCUCAAACAGUGUGGUAGGCUGAGUAAUGGUCCCUCCUAAUGUAUGUACGUUAAGACAUAGGUCCCCAGAACCUAUAAAACAUGUUACUUUACAUGGCAGAAUGGACUUUGCAGAUGUAAUUAAGGACCUUGAGAUGGGUAGAUUAUCUCGUAUUGUCCUGGUGGGUAAGAACUAGGAUUUUAAAAGAGGGAGGCAACAAGGUCAAAGUCAGAAAAAGGAGAUUGGACAAUGGAACCAGAGGUUGGAGUGAUGUGCUUUGAAGUUGGAGGAAGAGUCAUAAGCAAAAGAGUGAAGGCAGCCUUUAGAAACCCAAAAGGAAAAAGAAAUGGAAUGGAUUCUACCCUGGAGUUUCCAGAAGGAACCAACUCUGCCUGCACAUAGCUUUAGCCCAGUGACACUGAUUUUGGACCUCUGACCUUCAGAACUGCAAGAUCAUAAAUUGGUCUUGUUUUAAUGCA